AUGCCACCUGAUUGUCAGGAGAUCCAGAAGCGUACUGACAGUGGUAGAGGGAUGAAGACUGUGCAGCAGCAAUACGCCAUCAGAAACUCCCACCAUCGAUCAUCGAAGCGUUUCACAGCUUUCACUCAGGACUCGUGCACUCCCACUGCGAGCGGAAUGUUCUUCACCCCAUUGUCCUGUGCCACUGCCAAUGUAAUUUCGGACUUGAGCGAGCGUCGAUCCGUGAUUUGA